UUUUUGAAUUGGUUUCAUGCCGCACUUUAUUUGAAAACUCAGUUACAAGUAGAAAUUAUGGACACUCUCCAAUACGUACUCUAGACAAGAAUCUAAAUUUAGCAUUACAGUUUACUUUCUUUGCAACUUUAAAACUAACAGUAGAUCUAGACAUAAACAUAGUAACAGGCUAGAGUCUACAAUGUUUAGGCCUAAAUAGUUUUCAAUGAUCUCAUCAGUUGGAUCACAGGAUGCUUUCAUUUUGAGACAAAUUCAUCACUUUGGCAUCGAGAUAUCGGGCUGCCUUAUGUUCAGCAUCUAUGAUCUACUGUUGUACUGGCCUAUUCUUUGCUCCUUUUCGGCCCUUGCUGUGGUUGACCUCAACCCACAGGAGCUCCAGUAUGUCUCUGAUCAUCUGACCAACCAAAAGUGUAAUGAACUCAUAGAUGCUCUCAACCAAAAAGGUUUUCAGCUACACCCAGAGCUCUUCCCUGUUCAUACCAAGUUCAGAGGUCACCCACCAAGACCUUGCCUUGUCCGACUCCGAGAAUGGGGCAAAGGUCAGGGAGGAAACAUGACCUUUGACUUUCUGGCCUUACGAUUGAAAGAAAUUGGAUUAGAAAAGGUAGCAGACAAAUUGUCUGGCCUUGUGUUGGGAGAAACUGUCAGGGAGCUCCACAAGUUUUUCCUUGAUGACCCUUAUAAAGACAUGGUGCCAACAGAUUCUCUGAUGGUGGACAAACAGGAGGAUACCACAAAAAUGAUUCCUUCAGAUGAAGGUGAAGACAUCAAUGAGUCGCUGUUUGUGGCCAUUGUGAUAUUGACGGUCAUCUGCCUAACUCUGUUCAUGUGCAUCACUGUGUGCCUGGUCUGUCCGAGACUUGGACACAUUAUUUGUCAGUUCGCCUGCCCUACGCCCUGUAUGGUCAUGUAUGAUACAAUGAUUAAUAACUGUCUAAACUGCUGGUCGAUCACAAGGAGGAACAUGGAUAAGUACAUGCUAGUGGCGCCCAAAGGAGGGGGAGGACUGAUGCUCUAAAGGACACCCACCACAACAUGGAAAGAGAACAGGAAAAAAUUAGUCUUUUUAAUCAAUCAAUGAAUCGAAUGCCCUUCUAUUCAACUAGAAGAAAGGUCACCAUUGGAUUUAAUAGAUUUUGAAAAUAUUCGAUAUAUUUAGAUGAAUUUUAAAUAAAUGGAACUAUAGACCUAUGUUCAUUUUUCUUAAGUUUAGAUUUAAUGUAAAAAAACAACAAUUUCACAGUGAUGUUAUUCAGUAGUUUGAAUGCCCAGUGAUUGCUGUGACAAUAGGAAAACUAAUGCCAAAUAUUAUUAAUACAAUAUUGUAUAGACAUUUCUUAAAUUCAUAGGCAGUUUUUCAUUGGCAAAUUGUAUAAUGUGCAUAUUAAUGUGUAAUUUUAAGCAUUUUUUUUACUUUGUUAGUUAGGUUUAUGAAACUUAAAAAUUGUAUGUUUCUAUUAAUAAUAUUUUCAAUACAAAAAAGUGCUAUAAACAUUUG